AUGCACACGGAUGAGUCCGACCGGCAGGCAACGGCGUCCGGGCAGCGGCAGGGGCAGUGCCAGCAGCCAUGGGAGUACAGCCUGCGGAAGUACCUCCUGCUGCUGUCCACCCUGGUGGUCACCGUCACCUACGCCGCCGGCUUCAACCCGCCGGGCGGCGUCUGGCAGGUCACCCACGACGGCCAACUCGCCGGCGACCCCAUCAUCCGCCAAACCAACUACCGCCGCUACCUCGCCUUCUUCUACUGCAACGCCACCGCCUUCGCCGCCUCGCUCGUGGUCAUCGUCCUCAUCCUUGUCCUCGCCAUCCGGCACGACAAGGAGAAGGAGAAGAAGAAGAAUGACGCCAUCGGGGUCGUCCUGCCGCUGCGGGGCUUCAUGAUUCUGGACCUCCUUAGCCUCGUGGGCGCCUACGGCGCCGGAACCUGCCGGGACAAGAUCUCCAUCGUCUACUCUGCGGUGUUGGUGGCCAUCGUCUUUCUCUGCAUCGUGGCUCUCAAGUUGAUGGAUUGCUGGUCCACAGACAAGAACCAUGGCCCUGGCUCCGAUGGCGUGACGCCCCUGACGAAGCCCAAAGCAGAAGAGCGGCUCUGCAAGGUCCUGAUGCUCCUGGCCACGUUCGCGGUGAGCGUCACAUACGUCGCCGGGCUGAGCACGCCGGGUGGCUUCUGGGACAGCACCGGGACCAGCUACCGCCCAGGUGAUGCAAUUCUCAAGGACCGUCACAGCAUGCGCCUGACGGUGUUCCUGCUCUGCAACACCACGGCGUUCGUGGCGUCCCUGCUCAUCACCAUGCUGCUCAUCAUCGACGGCAAGAAGCUCCGCGAGAAGACGGCUCGCUCUCGCGUGCUCUACGGGUGUAUCGUCGUCGCGCUUGUCGGCCUCAUUGGCGCAUACACCGCUGGCAGCUGCAGGAAGGCCGACACCACCGCCAAAUUGGUCGGCCUUGUCGGCGCCGUUCUGGCAAUGGCAUACAUUCUACUCUAUGGUGGUUUCUAUACGUCAGCGCCAAAAAUUUCGUGUUCUUGUUUCGGUCCAGCAAAACAAACUGAUGAUGAUGUCAGUACUAAGGAGCUUCUGGAGAAGGCUCGCUCUCUUGUUCUACUGCUGGCCACUCUUGCCGCCACAAUCACCUACACAGCGGGGCUGGACCCGCCGGGUGGCCUUUGGCAGGACAACGUCGAUGGGCACAUGGCCGGUGACCCGAUCCUCCUCACCACAAACGCUAGGAGGUACAAGGCCUUCUUCUACUGCAACUCGGUUGCGUUCGUGGCCUCUUUGGUGGCCAUCGUCCUGGUCCAGAAGGAGAUUCUGGUCAAGCACCAUGUGCUUGAGGCAGCCAUGAUACUCGACCUGUUUGGCCUCAUCGGCGCAUAUGCCGCUGGGAGCUGCCGGGACGCCAACACCUCCUUUUAUGCCAUGGCUUUGGCCGGCGCCGUCCUCGUCUAUGUGGUGAUCCAUGUUGUCUUCUUCACACUAGAUCAGGAUCCCAAGGACCAAAAAGACGACGAAGCAGAUCAGUUGCUGGAGAAGAGGCGCUUGCUGGAGAAGAGGCGCAAACGGUUGCUCCUCUUUGCGAUCUUGGCCGCAACCAUCACCUACCAAGCAGGCCUCACCCCUCCCGGCGGCGUCCUGCUCAAGGAUGACAAUCUCGGGCACCACGCUGGCGACCCGGUACUCUUGUACAACUACCCAUUACGCUACAAGGUCUUCUUCUACUGCAACUCGGUGAGCUUCAUGUUGUCCAUCGCCCUCAUCAUCCUCCUGGUGAACCCCAAUCUGUACAGGCCAGCCAUACGAAGCAAUGCUUUAUCUGUUUGUACGGCAGUGGGCUUGUUUUGCUUGACGGGUGCCUAUGCCGCUGGAAGCACGCAACACUUCAAGACAUCCAUCUACAUCUUUGUGCUGGUUGGCGCGGUCCUCUUUGUUGCAGCUGGACUGCUGCUAGUAUUUUUGCUGACGAAGCCAAACAAAAAUGAAAAUUCAACAGCUGCUGCGCCAUCCAUAUCCUGUGAACAGGAAGACGGAGAAGAAGAAAAGAAGAAACACGCCAGGAGCAAGUACCUGAUGCUGCUAGGCAUCUUGGUGGCAAGCGUAGCCUACCAGGCCGGCCUGGAUCCGCCCGGCGGAGCAUGGCAGAGCAGUGGCAAUGGGUAUGAGGCGGGUGACCCUGUGAUGCACUUUAACAGGAGGCCACGGUACCUCGUCUUCUUCUACAGCAACUCCAUUUCCUUCAUGGCUUCCAUCGUCGUCAUCAUGAUGCUGCUACCGCACUGGCUGCCAAAUGAGAAUGGAAAAAAUUGGGCGAAAUGGUCGCUGAGGGUGAUGAACUGGACGAUCCUACUGGAUUUGGUCACUCUCCUAGUGGCCUAUGCAGCCGGCUCCAGCAGGGGGUGGAAGACAUCUGUGUAUGUCGGCAUGCUCAUACUUGCCGUUCUGGGCUACUUUGCAAUCCAUAUGACGCUGUCGAUAUGGUCUGAUCGUCGCCGAGCAGCCAAGAAAAAACUAGAGCGUGAUUCUUUACCGGUGCGCUCAGCAGUGGUACACUCUAGCUAG